AUGGCAUUGAUGAGAGGGGGAGGCUCAGCUGUGGACGCCGUUGAGAUGGCGGUCAAAGUGCUCGAAGACCGCGAGAUCACGAAUGCAGGCUAUGGCAGCAAUCUCGCGAUGGACGGUGUGGUGGAGUGCGAUGCUAUUGUUGUUGAUCAUUUCGGCCGCAGUGGCGGCGCUGGUGCCGUUGCACAGAUCAAGAACCCUGUUUCGCUCGCUCGGCUACUCCUCGACCACACAACCCAGACUUUAUCUCUGCGACGGGUGCCACCCAACCUCUUAGUGGGCCAAGGUGCCACCGACUUCGCGUACGAACAUGACAUGCCAGUCAUGCCUAUCGACUACCUCAUCUCGCCAGCAGCUCGGGAUCGGUGGAGGAAGUGGAAGAACGAUCUGCUAAAAGCUGAAGCUCAGAGUCGUGCUGAGGAGGGUCAGUGGUAUGGGUUAUCGCCACCGCCAUCACAAAAUGACCUGCUAGCCUAUGCGCACAACCAAGACGAUCAGGAAAGCAUGCGGACAGCACAUUCGCGCGCCAUGCUAGCCAGUGUGUGGAACGAAGCGCAGCCAAUAUCUCCUCCACCUUCAGAUGUUCAUCUGCCACUGCCAAUCUCAUCUUCGCCUCCAGCGCGCUCCAGCUCGUCACUGAUGAUGGCAGAUGCCCAAGACACGACAGGCGCCUCAUUGUACACACCGAUAGAAGGCAGUGAUCCUUAUGGUCCACCAGGGAUGAGCGACUUCGACUUGCCUUCGGCGCCACAUAGCACAAUGCGAACGGUCAGCAACACUGCUAUCUGCGGUGACAACGCAUAUGAAUCACUCGCGGACGGGUUCUGGCAGCACCAUCGGACAUCAUCCAGUAUGGACUUGAGUGGCGGGAAUUACUCACACCCUCUGAUGCACACACAACGUAUCGUACAAACAUCAGGAAGAUGGCAAGACGGAUCUUCGGGCGGAGAGUCUAGCUUGAGUGACGCAAGUGGAGAACGCCAGCCAACGGAGGCGCCGCAACAGCAAGGCUUCGGUCCGUUUUCUGGUCUACAAGGAUCGACGCGUCUGUACCAAACUAUGCCGGAGUCGCAACAAACUACGAUGCCCCUUCAUGACGUGUCUACUGGCAGGCCUCCUCCGCCCCGACCUAUUCCAUUACAGGACGGAGCGCAAAUGGGCGAAGAUCUCAUUACGGACACUGUUGGUGCAGUUGCGAUUGACAUGUACGGCAAUAUCGCGUGCGCAGCGUCUUCUGGCGGUAUCGGCAUGAAGCACCGUGGUCGGAUUGGUCCCGCCGCUCUGGUUGGCAUCGGUGCGGCCGUCAUACCUUAUGACGCCGAAGAUUCAGGACGCGAGUGCAUAGCUACUGUUACGAGCGGGACUGGUGAGCACAUGGGGACAACGCAAGCUGCCAGCAAAUGUUCGGAAAGAUUGCUCCGCCCACCGCGCAAGGCUACCAACGGAGGAUUCCAGACCGUGACAGAUGACGAAGCGCUCAAAGGCUUUAUCGAGAAGGAUUUCAUGGGUCAUCCAAGCGUCAAGAACAGUCAUUCGAAUGGUGCGAUCGGCAUUUUGUCUGCCAAGAUGUCGCAAGAUGGCAUCUGGCUGUACUUCGGCCACAACACUGACUCCUUCGCGCUGGCUUCUAUGCAUUCGGACGAGUCUCGCCCUGUUUGCACGAUGAGCAGGAACAAGGGCAAUGGGUCGAUUGCCCAGGGAGGACGUGCGAUAAGGUUCAGACGCAGGAAGACAUGA